AUGACUGUUAAUAGGAGGAGAAGGAAUGGAAAUGAAGUUGAUGACACCGCGGAGGACAUUCAUCGGAUGGUGGAUGCGAUGCAACCGCCUAUAGCAGUACAGCCUAGGACAACGAUUGUGCCAGUAAGGGUGCCAACUGUGGAAAACUUUCUGCAUCACAAGCCAGCAGAGUUCACUAGCAAAGCCUCUCCUGAUGAACCGGAUGCAUGGCUCCGCAAAUGUGAGAAGAUCUUCAAAGUAAUGAACUGCGCUGAUGAGCAUAAGCUUCUGUUUGCCACCUAUUUGCUGAAUGAUGAUGCUGAGUAUUGGUGGGCCGAAAUGCAACAACAGAUGCAGACCCGACAAGAACAGGUGGAGUGGACUAGCUUCAGGACUCAGUUCCUGGAGAAAUACUUUCCUGACACGACCAGGCAGGACAGGGAAGCUGAGUUCCUCGCACUGUGCCUGAAGUUUGAGCGAGGACUCAAACAUGAGCUGAAAAAGGUGGUGACACCUUUGAGGGAGGAAAGAUUCUCAGUCUUGGUGGAACAGGCCAAGAGUGCUGAGCACCUAGAGAAGGGCCCUGGUCCAGUUGUCAAACAUCAGAGGAAUGUCGUAGAGGCUAGACAGAUGAAUAAGCCUUACAACCGUCCCCCUACCACCUCUGGAGACUUUAAAUGUUUCCAAUGUGGGGAAAAGAAGACCAGUACGACGAAGAAACCAUCAGUCUCUGGAGCAGAGAGAGCUAAAGCUGUUGGGAGGGUCUUUGCUAUGACAUCUACAGAAGCUACACAGUCAAGUAACCUCAUCAUGCAAUCUUGUUUACUUGGGGGACAAAAUAUGCUUGUAUUAUUUGACUUUGGAGCAACGCAUUCUUUUAUUUCUAAUGCAUGUGUCGGGAGAUUGAGCUUGGAGAAACGUGACUUGGGGUGUGAGUUGCUUGUUUUAACUCCUUCCUCGAGUCAGGUAGCUACCAGUUCAGUCUGCGUUGGGUGUUCAAUGGAAGUGGCAAGUCGCAGAUUCAAGGUGAACUUGGUGUGCUUGUCUUUGGAGGGACUGAACGUGAUAUUGGGGAUGAACUGGUUGUCUAACAAUCACAUCAUAAUUGAUUGUGGACGGCGCAGUUUGGUAUUCCCAGAACAUGAAGGAUUGGAGUUGAUCUCAACUCGAGAAGCUCUGAAAGCAUUGCAAGAAGGGGCCAAGUGUUUCAUGGUGGUGGCUCAACCAGAAAAGAAAAGUGCAGUCGAGUUCCUUCAGAGUAUUCCUUUUGCUAGUGAAUAUGCAAAUGUUUUUCCUGAUGAAGUGCCAGGAUUGUCGCCGAGUCGAGACAUCGACUUCACCAUUGAUCUAAUUCCUGGUGCAGGUCCAGUGUCUAUAGCUCCAUACAGAAUGGGACCUGCAGAGCUCGCAAAACUCAAGAAGCAAAUUGGGGAGCUAUUGGAAAAAGGAGUUUAUCUGACCAAGCACAUCACCAUGGGGAGCUCCAGUCUUAUUGGUGAAAAAGAAGGAUGGGAGUUCGCGACUUUACGUGGAUUACAGACAGCUAAAUAA